AAAAAAAGAUUUAAUUUUUUUUUAGGAGCAGAGCAGAGCGUUUGGUUUUUUGAUAGCAGCGUUGCGUUUACACCUGUGUGGCCUUCAGUCGCUCGCACCGCGCACCUUGCACCUCGCACCCCUCCUCCCCAAUCCCCAAAAGCCCAGGCAGCAACUGCGGCGCACUUGUUUUCCUUUGUGUGCCUGCAAAUCUGCUCUGCCCGUUUGCCUGGCCCAAAACCCAAAAAAAACAACACCGAAAGCAAAGUGGUGCUCCGCUGCCAAUCCGCUUCCAAGUGGCCAAAAUGCUGUGGACGGUGCACCUGGACGGUGGGCCGCAGCGGGUCAAUCACGCGGCAGUGGGCGUGGGCGACUUCAUCUACAGCUUUGGCGGCUACUGCACUGGCUACGACUACCGCUACAACGAGCCCAUCGACGUGCACGUCCUGAAUGCGCACACAAUGCGCUGGACGCUGGUGCCGCAGCAGCUGGACGCGGCGGGAGUGCCGCUCAAGUAUCCGCUGGUGCCCUUCCAGCGCUACGGCCACACGGUGGUGGCCCACAAGGAUCGCAUCUACAUCUGGGGCGGACGCAACGACGAGAACCUCUGCAACGCCCUCUACUGCUUCGAUCCCAAGACGGCGCAGUGGUCCCGCCCCCCGGUCACUGGCUGCCUGCCCGGCGCUCGCGAUGGCCACUCGGCCUGCGUCAUUGGCAACAGCAUGUUCAUCUUCGGCGGCUUCGUCGACGAGAUCAACGAGUUCAGCAGCGAUGUGCACUCGCUCAAUCUGGACACAAUGGAGUGGCGCUACGUGCAGACCUUCGGGGUGCCGCCCAGCUACAGGGACUUCCAUGCGGCGGUGGCCUACGAGCAGGAGCGCAUGUACAUCUUCGGCGGCCGGGGGGACAAGCACAGUCCGUACCACAGCCAGGAGGAGACCUACUGCCACGAGAUCGUCUACCUGGACAUGAAGACCAAGGUCUGGCACCGGCCAUUCACGGCCGGCAAGGUGCCCGUGGGCCGGCGCAGCCACAGCAUGUUCGUCUACAACAAACUGAUCUACGUCUUCGGGGGCUACAACGGCCUGCUGGACCAGCAUUUCAACGAUCUGUAUACCUUCGAUCCGCGCACCAAGCUGUGGAACCUCAUACGGGCCAACGGCAAGGCGCCGACGGCGCGGCGAAGGCAAUGCGCCAUUGUGAUGGCCACCAGGAUGUUCCUGUUCGGCGGCACCAGUCCGAGGAGUGGUGCCACCGCCAGUGGCUCGCCGGUAGCUGUCUCGCCCACCAAUCAGGAGGCAACUGCUGCCGGCGGUGCUCCUGCGGGCGUGGCGCUCAUCGACUACAGCGAUCUGCAUGUGCUGGACUUUGAGCCCACCCUGAAGACGCUGGCCACCAUGGUGGUGCUCAAGCAUCAGCUGGACAUCUCGGGGCUGCCCCGGAGCUUCCGCUCUGAUCUGCAGAUGCUCACGCAGCCGAACAGUAUUAGCCGGCCCAUCAACCAAGCCGGCUAGCAUCCAAAAACCAUAAAACCCAAAAGGAUAAGAGCCUAAGUCGACUGCCACAAAACAAAUUGGGGGCGGAGAGGAGAAGCACGGAUCAUUGCGGAGCCACUAGUCCGGUUCCUGGAACUUGAAAACAAUGGAGGAGCAAGCUCGAAAUACGUUUACGAGAGAGAUGGCAAAAGAGUAGAAUGAAUGAAAGAAAGAAAGAGAGAGAAGCCCCAGUAAUUACAAAAGUUUUAGAAACUUGCUUUUGGUACUUCUGAUAGCUGCUAAAUAAUACACAAUAAUAUUGAUACUUGCGAAUGAUAUUAUGAUAGAGAUGUAGUUUGUAAAACGUUUAUAAAUGUCCUUAAAUAAAAACUCCAUUACUUUA